UCGGCCAUUACGCCCAAAGACGGCGGAUAGAUACUCAGAUACAAGUUAUUUCUACUUUAAAAUGUAGUUUGCAAUGAAUCUGUGUUAUAAAACUUGUCUAGGUCUAAUUAAACCCCACCGUUAGUAACGCUGCGACAUCAAGCAACGCGUCCAUAACGUCGAUUCCCGUCUCGGCGUACAGAGCGCGAUGAAAUUAUAGUUCGUACACUGAACACAGAUGUCAGUAGCAAUUAUAGCCUCUGUGAAGAGUUACUGAUUUUGUGAAUUUUUGUGAUAUCGUCAGACACGCUGAAGUAAUUCGAAGCCAAACAAUGACUUAUAAAAGGAAAAAAUAUCAUAAAGGCGAUACACAUUUGAAGAAGAAAUGGAGAACGAAGCGCCGAACGAAAGACCUUGAUGAGAUUGAUGAGGAUAUGAAAGAAAAGAAUGCAAAACUGCUACUAAAUCAAGAAAUAGAUUUGGAUAAACCUGGAAAUGCACAGUUUUAUUGUUUGCAUUGCGCGAGGUAUUUCGUUGAUGAAUCUGCACUGACUGAUCAUUUCCGGACGAAAGUUCACAAGCGUAGGCUGAAAGCUCUUGAACUGGAGCCAUACACCGUAGAAGAAUCGGAGAGAGCUGCUGGCAAAGGCCAGUACCAACCUCCCAAGAGAAGGAAGAUUGAAACACAGAGUACAGGAGAUGAUACCUAUGUUGAAUCUGGUGACAGAAUGACUGAUUAA